AGGGUUGGAUUGGAGGUGCCAAGCAUCGAAGUGAGGUACAAAAACUUGACAAUUGAAGCUGAUGUUCAGAUAGGUUCAAGAGCUUUGCCAACUUUGAUCAAUUACACGCGAGACGCCCUUGAGGGUAUGAUAACCGGCAUAGGAAUAGGUCGUCCUCAAAGACAUUCCUUGACCAUCUUGAAUGAUAUCAGUGGCGUUAUCAAACCUGGAAGGAUGACAUUGCUGUUAGGACCUCCAGGAUCAGGCAAAACUACCUUACUUUUGGCUCUUGCAGGAAAGCUUGAUGACAACCUCAAGAAAAGUGGUAGUAUAUCAUACAAUGGCCAUGAGCAAAACGAGUUUUGUGUUCAAAGGGCUUCUGCAUACACUAGCCAAACUGAUAAUCACAUUGCAGAACUGACAGUGAGAGAAACUUUUGAUUUUGCCAACAGAUGUCAAGGUUCAAGUGAUGCAGAGAUUGUGAAAAAUCUGGAACUCUUAGAGAAGGAGAAGAACAUUCUUCCUAGUCCAGAAAUUGAUGCGUUUAUGAAGGCAACGGUGCGAUAA